AUGGUUCCAAGCGUCAUUGUGCCGCUGAACAGUGAAGGAAGCAUCAAGAUACUGUUGCGGACCGAGCAGAAUAAGGUUGUCCCUUUCAAGAAUGCUACUGAACUGGACCAGAACCUGCCCCAGGUGCGACCGCUGAAUAUCACGCACCCCAAGCCGACGGUGUUCCACGAGGUAUUCUCUAACCACAUCCCUCACCGUCGGGAAAGUAAUCUCAUGGUCAGGCCGAGGAAAAACGGCUCCUGGAGCCGAGAAAGGCCGCCGAGCCAUCAUCCAUAUGCCGAUACAAAAGGAUAUGCUCAAAUCCACCCAAACUCCUGCUUCCGCUGUUUUGCUACGGACCACCAAAUUGCUGCUUGUCGCGACCCUAUCCGUUGUCGCUCUUGCGGCCGCCAAGGACACCGGAGCCGACAGUGCUCAGCACCUCCGCUGCCUGUGUCGAAGUCUCACUCGCCGCCGCCCUCCCUGUCUGCACUACCUGCCCUCUCACCCGCUCUUGUCGCCGCUGCGCCUACCGCCAUUCCUUCCGUCUCCCUGCGCCAUCGUGCCUCGCCCCACUCCUCUGCUUGCUCCCGCCUAUCGUUGCCCCUGCCUCCCCCUCCCCCUCACGACCUUCCCCCGCCUGCCCCCCUGCCCACCCUCACCACCUCAUCAACCCCGCCCCCCGACCCCUCCCCUGUCAGUGCUCCCUCGGAGUCUGCUGGCUCGGGUUCCCUGGGCGGCCCUUGCCGACAAGGCUCCCUCGAUGUGUUCCUGCCCCCCGGCCGGCAUGCUGCUGCUGCUGUGUUCGCGUUUGCUUCUCUUACAUCUCAGUCGGCCAUUCAAGCUCCUACGCCCUUCAUCUGGGAAGCGAUCCGCGCUGCCCUCCCGGACAUCAAUCUUGAAGUGCUCCCCUACUCGCUUGGCUCCUUGCUUGUUCGCUUUCAGUCGGCGGGCGAAUGUGCUGCUGCUGUGGGUCGCUCCCCCUUGUUGCACAAAGACGCUGUGAUCACUCUGGUACCUCACGACGGGUUCAGCUCCAAGCGCCGGGUGGGGGUGCAAGCGGCCCUAUCCGUCCUCGGGUUUCCCCUGGCCUACUGGCAUGAGGACCUCCUUCGCCUGGCCUUCCUGUCCUUCGGCUCCGUCGUGGAGGUGGACUGGCGCUGCACCUCGGGCUAUGACUACUCCUCCGUCCGGGUGGUAGUCCAGGUGGACGACGUCUCUCGCAUUCCUGCUGAACUGCGACUUCGCGAUGCUUCUACUGGCGACUGCUAUAUCUGCCAGCUGCAGCUGAUUACCUCUUGGCCGAUUCCAGAUGCUUGUGCCCCCCUCGAAACUCCCCGUCCCUUUUUUGUCUUGCCGACUUCGCAACCUCUGGUAACCCCACCAGCUUACCACGUUGCGCAGCCCUGCCUGCUCCCCCUGUCCGCAUACCCAUCUGCACACCAAGCCCACUCCCGCCCUCACCACUGCCUCUCUGUUUCUACACUCACCACCACCCCCCACGUCUCCAUCCUUGCGCGUCUUGCUUCUAUGAUUCCCGCAGCGACCCUUCUUCAGCCCUGCCGUGCUCCUCUCCCUCGCCUCCCUGCUCUCCCCAUUAUCAUAAAGCUUUGUCAUCUCCCCAUGCUUGCUGUUGCAGACCCCCUUGCUGCCGCCCUCCCCCCUCUUCCUGACAUGGCCGCUGCGCAAAACUCCCCUGUCGCGGAGUGUAAAUCGCCUAUCCCCAUGUCCUCCCUUGAACCUGACCCUAUUCACGAGGCCUCUGCUCGGAAGAUCCGUGUCCGCGCCAAGCGUUCGGCUGAUCAUGCAGCCAAAUACAAGGGUGCUGGCCAACUCCUUGCUUCUCGCCACAGCGAGCGCUUGCGCGCGAAGGAGCCUGCUCACUAUGUCGAUAUGUCCACCAAAGCAUCGCGGCUGAAAUCUCUGAAGGAUGAACUAGCAAACUGCUCCAAGGAACUCAAGGUUCAGGUUAAGCGCCGUGGUCUGCUGCGCAACCGUACUUUGAAUGCUGCUGAUCUAAGGGCGCUCGCUGGCACGGUGGCCCUGUCGGCGACAGCUACAGCUGAGCUGGAACAGGUGCUUGGACAUUAUGCAUGAUUGUCACCAGCUCCUGUGCCCUGCCGAGGCUAGGCUCGUGUUCUCCUAGCAAGUUCUCCUUUGCAUCCCAUUUCUUACACUGUAUUUCCCUGUUCGGGCUCGAAUAUUUUGUUCUCCACAUGUAUGCCGAUGUUUCCACACACCCCCCUCUCUGGACGUCGUGUAUGUUUGUCUUAUGAACUCCAACCGCAAUAUUGUCA